GUUACCCAACACUAUUAUUUGUUUCGUAUCAAAAGUCUGUUUUUCCAACACAUCCAGCUCCCAAACAGCAAAUGCUGAACGCUCACAUGCCACAACGCAAUCGCUCCAAGGAACACAACGAACGGGUGUGCAUGCUUACCUACUUUUGAAUUCAAACGGAGGGAGAGUUGGAAGGACGACAGAAACAUCCUCUAGUCUGUGCCUUUUGGACCAUCGCACGGCAAUGUCGGAAGGCCGGGGAGGAAUUGCUCGGGUGGUCUUCUUUUGCAUUGUUGCAUCGGCGGUGAUAGCAAAUGCGACGCUUCCUCUUUCCCACGCACUUGCAGUUCGACCGCAACGACGGCAAACGGMUCGAGCUCACAAGGGGAGAAGAACCACGACAGGCGGUCCAAACAAACAACAGGAGCGACUGGCUACAAGCCACCGAGGGCUCGGCAGUGCUCUAGCCUCCGGAGAAAGCGGAGAGGGAUCCUCUUCUUCAUGGGAGAAAGAGGACCGUCGACGUCGGCUGGGAAUGGCGGUCGCCCUAGGCCUGGCCAAUUUCUCCGUCAUGGGAGCCAAGUGCGCCCUCCCAAGCGUCAUGUCACUGCUGCUGUCCCCUGAUCGGGGUCUCACAUUCGGUGGUACGAGCGUGUCUCCUCCGCGAGAGCGGUUCGCGGGCCUCCUUGGAUGUUCUACGCUGGCGGUCGCCCUCGGAAAACUCCUGCUAGGACCCCUUAUCGACAACAUGGGUGGGAUCCGUGCUUUGCAGCUGGCGCUGGUAUUGUUGACGGGCUUGCUGGCGACCGUGUCGGUAGCGCAGACCUUUGGUGUCUUUUGUGUCUGCUGGAUCUUGGUGGAUUUCGUCUUUUCAUCGUGCUGGGCAUCUUGCAUUUCCUCUAUCCAGCAGUCCUUUCCAAAAGGCGAGUGGGGAAGCCAGAUCGGGCACCUGGCCACAGGAGCAAGACUCGGGAACGCGGUGUCCUUUAGCCUAUUCGCUGCUAUCUUGUUUGCUCUCGAGAAGAGUUCACCCACACAAGCGGUGAAGAGUGCAAGCAUCUUUGUUCGACAGCCCUGGAGGGUCGUCUUCGGGGUGUCAACUCUGAUGCAGAUUGUGCCCUUGGGCCUGCUGCUUCGGUUUGGUGGCAAGACCCUUGAGCAAAAGCGCAACGACAGCAACACSAGUUCCGCAGCARCAGGAAYAACAAGGCCGGUAUCUCCACGGCUUCGYGAUUCUGUGGAAAUCUUACGACGAGAAGCAACCACACCGGAAUUCUGGYUCCACCUGGUGUCGCGGUCCUGCCUCAUGGUGUUUGCUUCUUUUUUGCUGUUCGUCCCGACCCUAAUGAACGACGUGUACAAAUGUUCCAAUGCGGUUGCAGCACAGGUUGCGGCCGCCUAUUCCCUUGGGUGUCUUCUUGCGGUCUCCUUCGGCUCGGGCCUCUAYUCUAAACUGGAAACMGCGAGGUCUAGGAUCGCCUCGCUGGUGGGCCUCAUGGGGCUUGCAACGGCUGCGUCACUCGUUCAGUUGACCCACGUAUCGGGCCUUGUGCCAAACGGUCUCCACUGGAAGGCUUCCACUGCGUCCAUGUUUGUCUGGGGAUUUGCCUUCAGUCUGCCCUUUUACCUACCGAGCUCACUYUACGCUUUGGCGAGGGGUGGCCGGGAGGGAUCGGCCUCCAUUGCGGAUUGCUUUGACGUCUUUGGCUUUGGGCUUUUGGCCYGGUUCAACCGGUUUGUGGCAUCGAUCUCCGCUCGGACCGAUGGUGAUCCAUCGGCAUGGAUCAGCUGUUUUGUGGUGACCACGCUUUGUGCCYUGGUGGCCAUGUUGACGCAAUCCCUGGCCGUCGGAUURGAAGCGAAAGCUAAAACAAAAGAGGAAGCAAAGUGACGACCCCUCGAGUCCAAUCCCGAGCCAGUCGAAUAGUGUUGAACGUAGACCUCAAGCAAAAAYAACAGCAACACACGGGAGACACAACAACUGGAACGGCSUUGACAAAGCGYGAAACGAAUGCUGUCGUCCAAACAGCAACGCUAUUGGCCAUGUAAGGGUUCAACACGCGGCUAUCGAGGCACUUGACAUUGUCGACCCGCACAUGAGGACUUCUUUUCGUCACUCCACGAACGGUGUAUGCAAAAGCGUACCAACCGCAAUUCCAUUCCGAAAAGAAAAAGGUCGAACAGUACUCCAAUAUCCAACUUAAUAUACUGCUAGUAGUAGUGGGGUAAUUGUAGAACAAUURUUGAGGGUUGAGCCUCGUACAUUGUUCGAAAUAUCCAUUGCUUGCGUGAUGGAUUUGUUUAACCAUGCAGUUCAAAAUUUAGCAUCGAUUGCUACCAUMAAUCACAUGCAACUAGUAGUUGGCGUGCACCAUUUAUGAUGUCACGAAAUUUGACAUUUUGAAUAGUUCCAUCAAUAAUAAUGAUUUUACUACUAAGCAUGAUGUUAAAAAAAUAUAAUGACAUCAUGUCA